GGCGGUGCUAAGGGUUUCGUGGCAGACUACCUGAAUAAAUGCCCCGAGUUGAGUCCGCGACGGCGGGAAUCAUGAUCAAUCCUAGCAACUCUCCGCCGACGUAUCUACGUCGGACAAAUAAAAAUCCCAUCGCCUGCAAUGCUUACCUUCUCAUGGAUUUCAAUCUGUCUGAUCAUUAAGGCGGCAGCUCAUUCAACAUCUCGUUACAAUUUAGCUCACAAUUCACCUUCACCAUGGCCGCUGAUAGCAUCGACACUAGCAUUCCGGCGGCAAUCGAAGCAGGCAAACUCAACGGUGCGCUAUUGAGUGCCACUGAUGCCCAAGGCCGCUUCGUCUACGAGAAGCUAUUUGGCGAGCGCACGCUUCUCUCGGGCGAGAAGCGCCCACACCAAUCGGACGACGUGGUGUACCUCGCAUCCGCGACCAAGUUCUUGACGGCCAUUGCCGCGCUGCAGUGCGUCGAGGAUGGGCUGCUCACACUCCGGGGCGAUGUAUCUGCCUUGGCGCCUGAGCUUGCAAACAAGGAGGUUCUCACCGGAUGGUCUGACGACGACCAGCCUGUGAUGGAACCCCAGAAGAAAUCCAUCACUUUGGAGAUGCUGCUGACGCACAGCGCGGGCCUCAACUACCACUUCGCCGAUGCUGAUCUCGCUCGAUGGCACGCCAAGUUUGUCUCGAGGCCCACUGAUCCCGGGGAAGACGCAAAGCUGCGUGUCGAGGAGACAUUUUCGUAUCCGUUAAGAUACCAGCCUGGCGAGGGGUGGAUGUACGGGCCCGGGCUGGACUGGGCUGGUCGCAUCGUGGAGAGGGCCACGGGCAAGACGCUGUGUGAACGUAUGCACGAGCGCAUGUUUGCGCCUCUGGAUAUCACGGACGCCCAGUUCUACCCUGUUUUAGAUGAGAGGCUGCGCGAGCGCCUUGUUGACUUGAAUCCCGAUGAUCCGGGCUGUCUAGGGCGAGCGGUCCUCGGUGGCGGCGGUGAUAUGAACAGGUGGUCCAAGGGGGAUUUCGGGGGGCAUGGGCUGUUCAUGACGGUGCCCGGUUAUCUCAAGAUCCUGCAGUCGAUCCUCGCCAACGAUGGCAAACUCCUCAAACCAUCCACAGUCGACGACAUGUUUGAGAACCACCUCUCGCCCGCUUCUGCCGCGUCCUUCGGAGCCGUGUCCUCCACACCGCUGGGCCCCUUUAUCCGAGUCGGCACCGCGCUCGAUGCCAAGGCAGGCUACGGCCUCAGCGGGCUGCUCACGCUGGAGGAUGUCGAGGGUUGGUACGGCGAGCGCACGCUGACCUGGGGUGGCGGGCUCACGUUUGCGUGGUUUAUCGACCGUAAGAAUGACUUGUGCGGCGUAGGCGCGCUGCAGGCCAAGUUGCCGGUAGAUGGGCAGGCGAUCGCGGAGCUGAAGCAGACGUUUCGACACGACAUCUACCGCAAACGCGCGGCGUGGGCGGAGAGCCAGGCGCCCUGAGCUGGGUGAUGAAACGCCAGACUUGCUUCUCCGGAGCCAUGUGCUACUCAGGAGAAGAUUGUGACCUAUUAUAGACCUAUCAUAGAGUAGUGCGACUACGAAAUGGGUAUAAGCUAGUCAAAGUAAAUCCACGCCGUCGCGCACUCCCCGGACUAGUAGUUCGUAGUAUAUUCAUCAACCAACGAGUACUAGGGGCGCGUCGUGGUCCAGGUCAUUGUCCCGUCGCGCUCAUACCGUGCUGAAGUGACGACUCCCUUCGCAGCCACUCUAUUGCUUCCCACUACGUAGUUGACAAUUAUACUUAUUCCUCCCAUUGGAUAUUCCACGUCGUGCCGACGUGAAUGAUUGAUUUGGUGAAAUUUACG